UUUAGCAAAAGCAAUACAAUUUUUUGUUACUUUUAUGAACGUUAGAGUAAAAACAUUCCUCGCGCAGCUCGUGACGUCACUGGCGGCGGACAUCGGACGAGGUAGUCAUGGAGGAAGUGAGAGUGUUUCCCCUGACCUGUGCUGUGCAAAAUUAUGCAUGGGGAAAGAUUGGGCUGGACAGCGAGGUGGCCAAGCUGGUGGUCGGUGGGGACCCAGUGGCUGUCAUAGAGGAAGGCAAGCCCUAUGCAGAGCUGUGGAUGGGUGCUCACCCAAAAGGAGAUGCCCAGAUUAAAGACAACAGGAUCGCACAAACCACACUGGGCCAAUGGAUUGCCCACUUCCCUGCCUGCUUGGGUUCUAAGGUCAAAGACACCUUCCAGGGUCAGCUACCCUUCCUCUUUAAAGUCCUUUCUGUCAACACUGCUUUAUCCAUACAGGCCCACCCCAACAGGGACUUAGCUGCUCGUCUCCAUGCUCAAUUUCCGGAGCAUUAUCCAGACAACAACCACAAACCGGAGAUGGCUAUUGCCCUCACCCGCUUCCAGGGCCUCUGUGGCUUCAGACCAGUGGAGGAGAUCCUAGGUUUUCUUAAAUGUGUCCCAGAAUUCCACGCUCUCGUGGGCAACGAAGCAGCAGAAGAGCUGCGGUGCAGUGUGGGAGACGCAGUUCGUACAAGCCAGGCGCUGAAAAAGUGCUUUACCAGACUGAUGAACUGUGAGAAGAAGGUCUUCGUAGACCAGCUCAACAUGCUGGUGAAGAGAGUCACUGAUGAGGGAGCAGCAGGGAAGGAGACGUCAAGCAGCAACGGGGACCUGUUGCUCCGUCUUCACUCCCAGUAUCCCGGAGACAUUGGCUGUUUCUCCAUCUACUUCCUCAACUACGUGGUCCUGGAACCAGGACAGGCCAUGUUCCUGGGAGCCAACGAACCUCACGCAUACCUCUAUGGAGAUUGCAUCGAAUGCAUGGCCUGCUCAGACAACACAGUGAGAGCUGGUCUCACACCAAAAUACAUCGACGUCAACACGCUGUGUGAAAUGCUGAGCUACAGCCCUGCUUCUGCCAGCUCCAAAAUCUUCCCGUCUGUCCAGGACGCCGCAGACCCGUGUGUGUCACUGUAUGACCCCCCAGUGCCAGACUUUACGGUCAUGAGGAUACAGAUCCCAGCCUCAGUGAAGCAGUACACCGUGGCUCCGGUCGACAGCGCUAGCAUCCUCCUGGUCAUCGAGGGGGAGGCCACGGCGACCUCCGCCGCUGCUCUCUCCGACGUCAGCCUGAGACAGGGCACCGUUCUGUUUGUGUCGGCCAACGAGUGCGUCUCCCUGCACGUUACCUCUCCGACCAGGAUGACCAUGUUUCGUGCCUGCUGCCUCCUGUAGAGAGACCGUGACUGUGUGAAAUCUUCACACUAACGGUUUGUUACUUCUCUGGGUUGUCUCAGCAAGGUCUACGGUGUGUUAUGGAUCAAACUCUUUUCAGUAGGUAAUUUGCUAAAGAAGCUUUCAGACUUGGUAUGCGAGUACCUGCCAGGCCCAAACCCAACGUCUGAACACCAGCCACAGUAAUGUUUAGCUUUAAAGUCCAGCACCAUUUACUUGGAUUCUUUUGGAGUCUUUUUUAUCUGUAGUGGUGCAAGUACAACUUCUCAUCCUUCACUUUGAAGAAGGGAGAAUUCAUCCAAAUUCUUCUUAGGUGCUGCACACAUACGAAGACUAGCAACUAAAUGCACUAAAAUGUCUGUUUACUCAGUACACACAACUUAAUCUUACACAGUCCAGCAAUUCAUUCUUAAAGGAAAUGGUUAAACUUGAUAUCAUACAGUUCCAACCACUCUUUAACACAUCAAUAAUAACUGAACAUCACCUUCACUGCUUUAGACGGCACUUUAACUAGGACCUCAUAAAUAAUAAACCGAGUGCAGAUCUGAGACUAUAAAGUACACACAACACUAGAUUAGAUCGCGUGACCCUCACUUGUUGAAGAACCCAAUUGUUUUCCUGAACUUUAAAUAGCAAACACGUCAAGUAAGAUCUGUCUUCUUGGAAACUGGAGCUGGGAUGGCACAACAGCCUCUUAUGAAACAUUUACAGUAUGAGCUGCUCUGGAGAGGAAGUUUACAUGUGAAGGCCUAUAACUUUAUGACAACAGAGCAGUCUGUCUGCAGAGAUAUGUGAUAGGAAGUUCCAACAUAACCACUAAAGUGAUUUACUGCUGCUGAUAAGACUUUACGAUGAAGUCAUUUAGUGUUGUGGAUAUUUUUACCCUUUAUUCUAUAUACAGCUAUAGAUUAUUUUUCCGAUUAAAAUAAAAAGGUACCACAUAAACAAGACUCAUACAACCAGCAAACUCAGCAUGUCUGUUUAUGAGCCAGCAGUUCUAUGGGGGGGUCAACCCCCCAUUUUAUCAUUUUAACCUGAUUAAAUAUCCAAAGAGAUAUUAUGUAGUGUAAUACUGAGAUGCCUGUGCAUGUUUAACUGGCAGCAAUAAUACUGAAGAGGGAUGUCCUCAACUGGAUUUUCCCUGCUGAGUGUUGCUGCUUUUAACUGUUAACAACGCAUGUUUAUGGCCUGUGAAGUUCCCAAGCUGUGCUUAAAUCGGACGGUUAAGAAACUAAUACACAAGAGGAGCGGACAACUAGAAGCCUGCAUGGAAGCCAGGGACACAGAUCGGUUACAAUGCCAACUUAUAAUUUAAAAGCUAACUCCCCCACAUCUUGUAGUGCUUUAACACUUUGCUGCAUUCAGUUUGAGUAUUACAGAAAAACCAUGUACAGUAUACUAAGAAUUUGGAUCAACAGUACAGGUUAUAACAGCUUACCUGGUACUGUCUAACACGUUUGUACAUAAUGUCAGCAUGUACUGCAUAUUAUCCCAGUUCAUACAUGGGUCAACCCAGAUUGUUGUUGUAAUAGUUUUUUUGUAGUCUAUCUUGAUUGAAAUAUUUAAUGAAUGCUUUAUCAGCCUGCCAUCCUACCACUGAUGAUUUCAGUCUUUACUGUUUAACCUGGUCAAAUCAAAGAAUAAUAAGGGAUAACAGGGGCUUAGUAAAGAAAUGACUACAUCUUUUUGUACCAUUACCUCCAAUUCAUGUGUCUGAACGUGCAGAGCCUCCAGCUAUUUUGCUAAAAACCUGUCAUAGUCCAAGUGUUUUUUCCCGUAGAAGUCACAUUUUGAAUCUGCAUCUUUUUUUUGUUUGAACAUUAGUUACUGAUCUAGUUUUAAAGCACCCAAGUUUUACUACUGUACGUUGAGGCCUUUGCACAGGAGUUAUUUAAUUUUUAGUUUUCUUUAAGACAUAAAGACCAGUGUCUCACUUUGUUUCCUUUAUCUAUUCCUAAUGUGUCUUGGAAUAUUAGGCAUGGAUUUGCAUUUUUGAAUAUGGUGAUGCUGUAGCAUGGAACUACAGUAAACGUGUCCUAUAUGUAAAAGUGGUUGAAUAAAGCCUUGUUCCGUUA